AUGGACUUUGAGAAGGACUCGCUUGAAUGGACUCAAGAGCUACUUGGUCGUUCAAAGCACAUGCCGCUGAACAUUGGCUGCUGCACGGCCGCAUGCCGGCCAAAACACUUAGAUCUCGUCCUAGACUUGGCUCCUCAAUGCAGGACCUUUUGUCUUAAAGUCAAAGGGUUUACGGAGGGAUUCUUGAACGCAAUCCAGAAACCGGCGCCUCAUUUGGAAGUGUUCGGUGUGUAUCCACAUUGGAAGGGCGAGGCUGGUGUUACGACCCUGCCAAAGAUUCUAUUCAACGGAGAAGCCCCAAAGCUCAGGAAAGUGCAUUUUAACUGCUGUCGCUUCGACAUCACGACGGCUGCGUUUUCUCAACUCACAUGCCUCGAAGUUUCGUGGGCCCAUGGAUUUGCAGGCCCGACGGUUUCGGAAUGGCUCAAUCUCCUGAACAACAUUCCCCGACUGAAAAAGCUCCUCAUAUCAAUGUCCAUUUCCAGAACGUUACCGAGCACGGUACCUUUGCCCCGAGCCCAACUUCCACAUUUAUCAGAUCUCAGUCUAAGUUCACCCCUGGCUGAGUGCAGCAGUUUCCUCAGACACAUCGACAUCCCUCCUCUCGAAAGACUCUCAUUGACAACCUACAGGCUUCAUUUCAAUCCCGAUUCUGAAUUCAUAGUGAGAUUUCUUGAAGAAAGGAUGGAUGGUUGGGCACAUAAUAUGGUCAACUGUGAAUGUCUCGCAUCCAUAGAGCCCCAUUCCCUCUGGCUCAGGUGUAGCAACCACGACCCAAUCAAUCCUGAUAUUCUAGUUACCUUCGAUUGGGAAGGAUCUCAAGAUGUACCGGAGCAGACCACAGCUCCGAUGAUUUGCUUCUCUCUUCCAGAGGUUUUCUUCCCGAUCUUUCGCGGUGUUAGGUCGCUUCAAAUGCAUUCAAGUUACCUCCUUGAUGAAUACGACCCGCCGAGCGACUCCGAGUCUACAUCCAUUAAGAUUCUCGGCCUCUGGAUUCUCCGUUUCUUCCACAAUUUGGUAAUCCUGCAUCUAGUGGGAUAUUUACAUCUCAUCCUGUUCCCCCACCUUGAACAGCAAUUUUAUGAGUCAUCUGCCAAGGAAGUUCAAGACGUCAUAUUGCCUUCACUUCAGGCUUUGGAGUUUAGCGCUUGUGACUUCAAGAUGGAUGACGGGCGUAGGCUAAAGGUUCUUCGGGCCUUCCUAGGAUUGCGCGCCAGAGCUGGAAAGCCGAUCAAGACGAUAUCAUUCAAAUAUUACGACUUGGGUGAGGGAUAUCAAACCAUCGGGGAGGAGUUUGGAGUUGAUAUAUCCUCGUAA